UCCAAAAAAAAACAAAUUUUAAGAAAAGAAUUUAAAUCCAAAAAUUAAUUUUUAAUUAUUUAAAAAAAGUUCCUGUUGAUUUAAAAACAAAAACAAACAAAAAAAAUGUUUUAAAAUAAAAUUAAGCAAACUCUGGAUUACAUUUUUUCAACACAAACAGUAUUAAAAAAAUAAACAAAAACAAACAAUUGCUAAUGGAUUAUAUAUUUACCACAACAACAAAAAACAACAACAAGUACAUACUAGCUAAUGGAUUAAACUAAUUGUUGCGGCUUAAUUAACUCAUCAAUCAACGAAUUAUUAAAAAAUUUAUUUUAUAGAGAAUUUUUUUUCUUAAAAAAAAGUUUUUUUUAAAUGUGCGAGAAAAAAAUUCUCAAAUAUCUUCAUUGACCCCUGACGGAUUUUCAAGACAUGCAAUUAAUUGUUGACAAAAUUCCCAUGUUUUCGAAACAAACAACAAAACGUAAUUCCAAAAAAAAAAAUGAUGAAAUGAAUGGCCAAGCAGGCUCCUCAAGGGCUCCAGCCUUAGGGGGCCAAAUAUCACCACCUGGCGGUUAUACAGAAGCACAACAUCAACAACAGCAACAAUUCCAACAGCAACAACAAUUCUAUCAACAACAGCAGCAGCAGCAACAACAACAACAAAAUUUCCAACAUCAACAGCAUCAUCCACAUCUUAAUCAUCAACAACAACAGCUUCAUCAUCAACAACAUCAACAGCAUCAGCAGCAACAACAUCAACACCAACAGCAUUUUCUAAAUCAUGCCAAUAAUAAUACAUCAUAUCCCGGCAAUAGUUCUUAUUUAGGCGAAUCUGAUAGUUUACGCACUUUAAAUAAUACCUUUGGUCCCAAUUCGGAAUUUACCUCAUCGACGUUAAAAGAAGAACGUCUACAGUUUCCCGGUGGCCACACUAGAGAUAGUGUUAGCGCUGGUGCUGCCAGCACAAGUAGUGUUAGCGGUGGUGUUGGUGGUGUUAUAAGUCCUGCCUUAACUUCGCCUGCGGCAAAUUCGGCCAGCAAUCCAUCGGCGAUUUAUAAUAAUAUGGUAACAGCUACUGGUGCUCAACAGGCCAAUAUGGAUGCUAUGAGUAGUUAUAGUCAGAUGGGUGGUAUGCACCCUGGAGCCAAUAAUGGCAUGAUGAGUACAUCAGCACAGUCACAACAUACGCAUCAAUAUAUGAAUGGUAAUGGUGUUGGUGGCGGUGGUCCUGGUAUGAAUCCAGCAGCCAUGGGUCCCAUGUCGGGUGGUGGCGGUAAUGGUGCCAGUGCAGCCAGUCAAGCCAAUAUGCAAAUGAAUCAAAUGGGUGGUGCAAAUGUUGGUGUUGGUUCUAUGAAUCCAGCUGGUCAAAUGAAUGGCAUGCCAGGUUAUAAUAAUGGCAUAGGAGGACCAGCAACGGCGUCAGCGAGGCAUCAUCAAAUGUCGAGCAUGAAUCAAAUGCAAAAUAUGUCUAUGAAUGGUAUGGGUGGCAUGCAGCCGGGUGGUGGUGGCAUGGGUCCCGGUGGUUCGGCCAGCAGUAUGUCUUUGCAUCAGCAACAGCAGCAAAUGAAUGCUAUGAAUCCAAUGGCUAAAAUGCAAGGUAUGGCCAAUGGUGGUUACAAUCAAAGACGCAUGACACCCUAUCCCAAUCCACAAAUGCAUGCGGCACAGAAGCGUGGUGGUGGUGGUAGUGGCAUGUAUCCCAUGAAUUCUCAAAAUGUUCCUCAACAACAGGGCGGUGGCAUGCCAUACGGUGCUGGACAAAUGCAUCCACAAUCGAGUAAUGGUGUACCUUUGCCCAUGCAAGCGGGCUAUGGACGAGCUGGCCCCAUGGCGGGUUAUGGUAGACCAGGACCUGGUAAUUGUGGCAGUAUGAGUGGCAUGGGUCCCGGUGGUAUGGGUCCCGGUGGUAUGGGUCCUGGUGGUAUGGGUCCUGGCGGUAUGGGACCUGGUGGUAUGGGACCUGGUGGUAUGGGUCCUGGUGGUAUGGGACCUGGUGGCAUGGGUCCUGGUGGUAUGGGACCUGGUGGCAUGGGUCCCGGCGGUAUGGGUCCUGGUGGCUGCAUGAGUUCUAUGCAACGUUUUGGUGGCGGCGGUUAUGGUCCCAGUUCACAUCAUUCUCAACAGGGACAAUUUUAUCCCGGCUCUCAACCUGGUAUGGGUAUGAAUGGUGGCAGCUCUGCUGGUGGCAUGUGUCCGGCUGGUCCCGGUUCUGCUUCUAGUACUGGCAAUCCUUAUCAAAAUCAAGGUUUUCAACAAAAUUAUCAACAUAGUCCAGUUCCUGGAAAUCCAACACCUCCAUUAACACCCGCCUGCAGUGUACCCUACGUCAGUCCAAAUCCUGAUAUUAAACCACAAAUGGAUAAUUGCGAAGAAAUGAGACUGACAUUCCCAGUACGUGAUGGCAUUAUACUUCCACCUUUCCGUUUGUUACACAAUCUAUCCGUUAGCAAUCAUGUAUUCCACCUCAAGCAAAAUGUUUACAAUACCCUCAUGUGUCGAUCGGAUUUGGAAUUACAAUUAAAAUGCUUCCAUCAAGAUGAUAGACAAAUGAAUACCAAUUGGCCACAUACGGUUACGGUAUCGGCUAAUGCUACUCCUCUAAAUAUCGAACGUUCCGAGAAGACCGGUCAAGCUUUAAGACCGUUAUAUUUGAAAUCUGUAUGUCAGCCGGGACGUAAUACGUUACAGUUAACCGCUAGUUCCUGCUGCUGUUCCCACUUAUUCGUUUUACAACUAGUCCAUCGACCAUCUGUGCGGCAAGUUAUGCAAAGUUUACACAAACGUAAUCUGCUACCUUUGGAACAUAGUGUGGCCAAGAUUAAACGCUAUUUUGCUAUUGGUAUGGUGGGCGGUAAUGGACCGAAUUCUCAGAAUCCCGACGGUUCUAGCAAUGGCAGCAAUGUAAAUGAUCCUAAUAAAUGUGCAAAGAUCUCAUUGAAAUGUCCGAUCAUGAAAUCUCGAAUACGUUUGCCUGCCCGUGGUCUCGAGUGUAAACAUGUCCAGUGCUUCGAUUUGGAGGGUUAUCUAAUGAUGAACUGUGAACGAGGAACGUGGCGUUGUCCGGAAUGUAGUAAACCUGCUUUAACCGAAAGUCUAGAAAUCGAUCAGUAUUACUGGGCCAUUUUGAAUACGCUCAGCAAUACGGAUGUCGAAGAGGUGGUCAUUGAUUCCUCCGCCAAUUGGCGGGCAGUGCAGGGUAAUAUGCAAGGCAGUCCAAAUAGUAAUAAUACGGGCAGCAGUGGUGUAGGAGGUGGUCCGACUGGUCCCUCAUCUGUUGGCCCUUCCAGUAAUAAUGCCAACAACAUGAGCAUACCGGCCAUAAAACAGGAAAAUUUCAGCGAUGACAUGACCAAAGUUAUGUCACCCGGUUCAACGCAACUACCCACUUGGGAUAAUUCACAAGCAAUGAGUCCUUAUAACUGUCAUGAUAUGAAUUCUAUUGCCAAUGGUAAUAUGAUGGGCGGUAGCAGUGGUAAUCCAAAUGGCAAUAAUAGUGUUGGCAAUCGCAAUAGUUUUGAUAAUUUUAAUAAUCCACAAACACCGGGUGACAUGCAACAGCAGCAACAACAACAGCAGCAGCAAGAUUCAGCCCAUCAAAAUAACUCUAUGACACAUUUAAACGAACCUCUUGAUCAGCUAAAUGCCAUGGAGAAAUCUCUCAAUGAUCAGAUGCCCCAUACCCCGCAUACACCACAUACACCUGGCGGUGCCAGUCAUCCCAUGACACCAGGCGGUCCACCUUCGGUUAGUUCGGCACACAACGAGCCCAUGAAUGCUACACCGAAUAAUAAUAAUACCAGUAAUCACAAUUCACCCCAAACACCAGGCACUCCUAACAAUCGCAUGUCUACUGGUAACAGUACACAACAACAAGAUGGUCAGCAGCAACAACAACAACAACAAACACAACAACAGUCACAACAAGAACAAAUUAUAAACUCAUUAAUAAAUUCACAAUCAUCCGAUUUAGUGAAUCUCAAUGAGGGCGAUUUGAAUGCCGAACUAAAUAGUUUUGAUCCAUCAAAUAUGAAUCAUGCAGAUGCCGCCAAUGAUUUGAAUCUGCUCUCGGAUGUUGAUCCUUUGGAAAUUUUGUCUUAUUUAGAUCCUCAACCGGAUUUAAAUACCCCACCCUCUAGCGGCUCUAGUAAUAACAAUAACAAUGAAGAUAUUUUGGCCUCUUUAUUUGAUUAAAAAUAAUUAAAUUAAAUUAA